AGCGCGGGCCGUUUCCGCCGAGCGAUUGAAGAUGGCGCCGCGGCCGGGAGCGGGGUAACGAGGACGGACGGGGCUCGGCUCGGCGACCGGCUUGAAACCCUCCUCCCGCUCGGAGCUUUCAUGCGAUUUAACGGACCCCUGAAACACCCCGAGCGAGCGGACAGAAGGAUAUAGGGGGGUUUAAACCACAAAGGGGGCGCUGCUUCACCCCCUUGAAGAGUGUGCGGGGGCGCUUCCUCCAAGGGGGUGGGGGGGCGGGAGAGGUUUUAUUGUUUUGUUUUUAUUUUAUUGACCGGGGGAAGAAAGUAGAUAAAGCCUGUCAUGGCUUCGGCGUCGGGCAACGACGACGACCUGACCAUUCCCCGGGCGGCCAUCAACAAAAUGAUCAAAGAGACGCUGCCCAACGUGCGGGUGGCGAACGAAGCCCGGGAGCUGGUGGUGAGCUGCUGCACCGAGUUCAUUCACCUCAUCUCAUCCGAGGCCAACGAGAUCUGCAACAAGUCGGAGAAGAAGACCAUCUCCCCGGAGCACGUUAUCCAAGCCCUGGACAGUCUUGGCUUUUGCUCGUACAUUAGUGAAGUAAAGGAAGUCUUGCAAGAAUGCAAAACAGUAGCACUAAAGAGGAGAAAAGCGAGCUCACGACUAGAGAACCUUGGCAUACCAGAAGAAGAAUUAUUGAGGCAGCAACAGGAGCUAUUUGCAAAAGCCAGACAACAGCAGGCAGAAUUAGCCCAGCAGGAGUGGUUACAGAUGCAACAAGCUGCCCAUCAAGCACAGUUAGCAGCAUCAGCCACAUCCAAUCCACUCAAUAAAGCUGGAUCAUCACAAGAUGAAGAUGAAGAGGAUGAUGUUUAAAUUUAACCAGCAAAUUUACUUUUACACAGAUGUCCUUUUACCGCACAUUAACAGUGACCUGGCCCGUCUGCAACUUUCAGCUUCAUUCACAACUUUGCAGGCUGGCUAUUGGUGUCAGGGGGUCAUUGGGCAAGUUAAAACUGUCAUGAGUUUUCAGGUGUAACAACCAAUCACUUAUAUGUGGAAAUGCAGAGGAUUGGAAGUUAUUAGAAUAUUACAUUUAUAUACGACGGGCAGCCAGAGAUGGGAGCAUCAAAUCAAUGCAGUACUUUAACGCUCCACAGCCUGUUUCUUGCAUCUUUCUGAAAAUCAGUAUUGUUAAUGCUCGUGAAUCUGAGAAUUAAUGCUUCAGUUUGUGUAACCGUUUGCUCCCUUACUGUUUAAUACUGAAAGCAAAUUUAUUGUGGCUUAUUUAAGUUUGCAAUCGAAAUGGGGUUUUUUUUUAAUGAGCAACUUGUAACAUGGGUGAAACUGACUUUAAAAAAAAAAGUCAACCUGCCCUUGCUUGACGGAGUUCACAGAAUUUUAAAGAGUAACAUUAUUAUUAACUUUGAUAAAACCAGAUAGCCAGAUCUAUAGUUGGCUAUUUAGUCUUAAUUUUACAUGGCAUAUGUCCUGCUUCAUGGUUAGUUUUAACCCCUAGGUGUAAUGUAAGUCUAUUUCCAGAAGUAAGGGUUGAAAGCAAAGCACAUUUUUGUCAGCAGUUUCAGUACCAAAGAGUGAAUUCAGCAUUGGAAAAAAUGGCAAAUGAAGUGGGCUCUUCAGGAAGCCUGUUAAACUGCUGCUUAAAUGUUUCUGUACUGUAAUGUUUCAUGUUCUUUAACAAAUAUGCAUUACUGUUGAUGAUUUUGGGAUUGGCAAAUGUCAUCUGUGGAAGAUUUCAUUGUGGAGCAAAUGUUUUUUUUUAAAUCUGCAUUGCAGGGUUGAUUGUGCUGGUUAAUACAUAACUCUUCCAUGGUGCUUAUUGUUCUUACAUUUUUCAUGUGCUGGUUCUCUUAGCAAUAAAAAGACAGGUUUUUAUUAAAAAAAAA